AUGCAGAAGCUACCUGGAUGGAAGACGGUGGGAAUGGCAGUAAGACACUGCUUAGAUCAAGUGCUUCAGGAGAACUCCCACAUGCUUCAGGUGGUCCAGUCUGUAGGUCGAGACCAGCCACUUUACAGGGACGCUGAUGUGCGUCUAGUGCAAAGCAAGCUAGCGUCAUUGCUGGGACUGAAAGACAUACCGCGCCAGCCAGGCUUGUGGUCCGAGUUGCUACAGGCGCUGGUUCAAGCAAGCGGCGAUCCUGACUUGCCCGCGGCGAAGUGGCCAAAGGAAGGAACGCCGCUCGGCAUCGAGGAGGAGAUCCCUCCAGGCGGGGUGUUUCCACGGUUAUCGGCAGAAGAGCAAGUCGGAGAAGCUGCGCGACUGGAGUUUUGUCAUGAGAUGAGCGGAGCAGAGUACAACUACCAGUCCUACGAAGAGCACCGAGAGCAUGCUGAUAAGCUGUUCAGAAAAGAAGUCGAAGCAGGAUUUGCGCAAGCAGACGCUGAUCGUGCAACACUUGAAAGCCAAGUUGGACCACUGGUGCUUGCGGCUAUCGGUGUAGUGGCCAAGCGCAAGCCUGGAGGGGGAUACAAGUACCGCUUGGUGCAUGAUCUGCGCAGAAAUGGUGUAAACAGCAAGAUUCAGGUGCAGGAGCGACUGAUUCUGCCGAGGCUGAAAGAUGCCAUUGAAGAUGCUGUCUCUUUGUUUGAAAGUGGGCUUUUACCAGAAGAAGAAGUGCUCUGGCUCACGCUGGACUUUAAGGAUGCUUUCAAGCAGCUGCCUACAAAACAGAGUGAACAGCGGUAUUUGGCAGGACAGGCUGACGGUCGGUACUUCUACUACAAAACAGUACUUUUCGGGGUGCGCACUGGCCCGCUGGUGUGGUGCAGAGUGGCGGCUUUGGUGUCGCGAGCCACCCAAGCCUUAACCAGCUCAGUUGAGAGCCGCCUGGAACUGUUCAUUGAUGAUCCACUCAUUGCCUUGAAAGGUACACAAUCGAUGGUGCGCUGGGCUGCUGCGCGCGUGCUGUGGUUCUGGUUAGCCCUCGGGUUAAAGCUGGCUUGGCCAAAAGGUUCCUUGGGGCCCGAGGCGCAUUGGAUUGGCGCUGUGCUCAAAGCAGAUCGGACCCAGCGCGCUGUUGAAGUCAGCAUACCGGCAAGCAAAAUUCAAGACUGGCGGCAAGCAGCUGUUGCAAUCUUGAAGCGACCUUGGACCUCGCGCAGGGCCGUUCAGAAAUUUGCAGGAAAGAUGUCAUGGGCGGCUGGUGUAAUUCUGCAGGCAAAACCGUAUGUGCAGAUGCUCUAUGCUGCUUUGAAUGUGAGCAAGCAAGUGGUUUACGCCAAACAGCUGAAACAUGCCUUGACCUGGCUUGUUGCACUCUUCGACGGCUUCAACAAUGGCUUUCACCGGACAGUGCGAGCACAUGUGCGCCACCAGGUGUGCCUAGAGUUCCUUGUGGAUGCUUCGCCGUGGGGUGGUGGCGCUGUGAGGCUAGUGAACGGUUGCCCAGUUGAGUGUUUUUGCUUGACUUGGCAAAAGACCGAUGAAGGGGCCAUUGGUGCCCACAUUGGGCAAGCCGCAUCGCAAGCGCAGUGGGAAGCUUACAUGGCUUUGAGGGCUCUGUGGAAGUGGCUCACACCGGAGCUCGAAGGUCAAGUCAGGAUCCGUGGUGAUGCUGCCGGUGUUUUGCAAAGCUUCGUAAAGCGUAGUAGUAAGUCUCAUACGCUUUCCAAGAUAGUGCGAGAAGUGACUCUGCACUUGGCCCUUACGCACAGAUCGCUAGAGGCGAUCCAUUUGUGGAGCGAGGACAAUGCUUGGGCUGAUGCCCUGUCUAGACUCGCAGAUCCACGCAAGCCAGCAACAGUGCCGCCGGAGUUGCGGCAUCUACCGCUGCACAGGCAAGGGCCUGUCCUGUGGCGGUACGCACCAGUUGUUCGGGCAGACCAGAGCAGUAGCUGA